GGUCCUGGCCUACGGCACGGGGGAGUAGCGGAAGAGACGGCAGCUUUGGGGCCCGGCCCGCCGCUGCGUUAGGGUUUUUUCCCCGUAUUAGGCUCAGGGUGGAGCUAACGAGGCUUCGCUGCCCGAUUCUCCUGCGCGCCGUGCGGCUGUCACCGUGGUGACUGCGCUCCAGGCCCUCCUCCAGGGAGUGGCGGGGCUGACUGCUGCGAGCUGCUCUUCCGGGACCGGCCCCUUCUCGUCUCUGCCUCCAGCCCCAGAGAGUUACCAGGGGUAGCGGGGUCGUUCUCGAGCCUGAGGUGCCUUGUGGCACUGGACGUGCACGGGUGGUCCCAAGCCCUCUCGACUGUGGUGUGUUGCGGUGCUCUGGGAGCUCCCUGCCCCGAGGACAGAAUGGGGCUUGCAAAGGGAUUCUGCGUUGCUUUUCGUCUUGCAUGACUUGCAUCUUAGGACUAACGCAGAAAACGUGUCCGUGUGUUCAGCCUUUUUGUGUGUCAACCCAUGCUACUUACCUUUGUAUUAACAAAUAGAUACAGAGACAGGCUGAACGAAUUGACUUUCAUUACAGGCAAACAGCCAGGUUUAAUAAACAGCUCCCUUAAAUAUUAGUGACGUUCACUUUCGCUCCAAGAGUUUAAGCUUUCCUUUGACUCAGUAACUUCCCUCUUCCUCUCUCUCUUCCCCUUCCUGCACCAGCUGAUGCAGACUCAAUUCUUGACUCAUUGGGGACCAGCAGAUGAGUUGUUUUGGUUUGACUCAUAAUAGGUUAUUGUAUAGCAAUGUCAGUUGCUUGUGUAUUAAGAACACUGCAUACUGUGCUUAUAAAAUAUAGAUGUGUGUAUUCUCACUUUAAUACCAUAUCUGUUUAUUCACAGAACUUUGAGUUUGUUAGGCUGAAACAUUGUGGUUAAUACCCUGUCUUUUGAGACUCCCCCAAUAAAAAAAAAAAAAAUCCUGGCUGGUCUGCAAGUAGGCCUACAGGGCCCAUACAUUCAAUGUCAUGCAAAAACAAAGGAAGAUAUCUUGAAAUAGUUCUUUCUGUUGGAAAAAAUCUAUUGUUUUAUACCAUUGAUCUUGCAUAAUAAGCAUUUGUGGCCAUAUAAAAUUGAAUAUGGUGUUUCUGUACACAGAAUGGAGACUGAUUACAAUCCCAUGGAGUUGUCCAGUAACGCAGGGUUUGAAGAAGAUUCUGAAUAUAAGGACAUUGAAGGAACAGAUGUGAAGGAUAUGAGACUAGAGGCAGAAGCUGUUGUGAAUGAUGUUCUGUUUGCUGUCAGCAACAUGUUUGUCUCAAAAAAUCUUCCAUGUGCAGAGGACGUGGCAUUUAUCAAUGUGGAGACAAGGGAGAGAAACAGAUAUUGCCUGGAACUCACAGAAGCAGGACUUAGGGUGGUGGGUUAUGCUUUUGACCAGGCUGAUGAUGGCUUACAAACUGCGUAUCAUGAGACUGUCUACUCUUUAUUGGACUCUCUUAGCCCAGCCUAUCGUGAAGCUUUUGGAAAUGCACUGCUACAGAGACUGGAAGCUUUGAAAAGGGAUGAGCAAUCAUGAUUCAGUCUGCAGGAACAAGCACAUGUUGGGGAAUGAUUAAUGAUCGUGGGAAUUCUUAGUAUGAGUUACUGAGAUCUUGCUUUCAGAUAUAGCCAAAAACAUACAUCAAGCUUCAUUUCUUGCCUAAACAUCUAGGUUCCUUACAAUAGUACUGACUUGUAAAAUAACAGUGUUGCUAUGGCUCUGCUUUGUCCACAAGGCUACUUUAAGCUAUCUUGGUGGACUAUAGA